AUGACAUCUGCUUCCGCCACAAUGGCCUGGAGGGCUGGUCUCCGCGCUCGUUCGCUCCCUGUGGCCCGAUGGUCGCAACGCCCUUCGGCAUUGCUACCGAAGCGCGCCGAGCGCUUCCCUGGCGCUGCGCGAUAUGCUUCGGACUCGACUCCUACUGCAGCUGCUGAGCCUGUGAAGGAGGCUGCCAAGGAAUUGCCUAAGCGCGCGGCUCGUGGAUCUCGGAAGGGAAUCUAUGGCACAUCGUUCGCUCUGGCGCUUCUUGUGGGCUACAUCUAUGGGACUGAUACCCGAGCUAGCAUUCACCGGUAUGCUAUGGUGCCUUUGAUCCGGUGGUUGUAUCCCGAUGCGGAGGAGGCGCACCACUUCGGUGUGGAGAUGUUGAAGUCGCUCUACGAAUACGGAAUGCACCCCCGGGAACGUGGUAACCCCGAUCGCGACGGUGCUUUGGCUACUGAGGUCUUCGGUUACACCCUCUCCAACCCCAUCGGUAUCUCCGCCGGUCUGGACAAGCACGCUGAUAUCCCCGAUGCUCUGCUCGACCUCGGUCCUGCUAUUGUCGAGGUCGGUGGCACCACCCCGCUUCCUCAGGACGGAAACCCGAAGCCUCGAGUCUUCCGCCUGCCCUCGCAGCAUGGCAUGAUCAACCGAUACGGCCUCAACUCCAAGGGCGCCGACCACAUGGCCGCUGUCCUGAAGAAGCGCGUUCGUGACUUUGCGUACGUCGCUGGCUUCGGAGAUCACGAGGAAUCCGAACAGCGUGUCUUGAACGGAGAGGCCAACGUGCCUCCCGGCAGUCUCGUCCCGGGCAAGCUGCUCGCUGUGCAGGUGGCCAAGAACAAGCUCACCCCGGAUGGCGAUAUCGAUGCCAUUGCGCGCGACUAUGUCUACUGCGUGGACCGAUUGGCCCCGUACGCUGAUAUUCUCGUCGUGAACGUGUCCAGCCCCAACACUCCCGGUCUCCGUGAUCUGCAGGCCGCUGCACCCCUCACGGCCAUCUUGACCGCUGUUGUAGGCUCUGCCAAGAGCAUUAGCCGCAAGACCAAGCCAUUUGUCAUGGUCAAGGUCAGCCCCGAUGAGGACUCUGAUGAGCAGAUCGCCGGCAUCUGUGAGGCUGUCUGGAACUCCGGUGUCGACGGUGUGAUCGUCGGCAACACCACUAACCGUCGGCCCGAUGCUCUGCCCAAGGGCUUUACUCUCCCUGAGAAGGAGCAGCAGACUCUGAAGGAGACAGGUGGUUACUCUGGCCCGCAGCUCUUUGACCGCUCUGUUCCUCUAGUCGCUCGCUACCGCGCCUUGCUUGACCAGGGCCCUCCGUCUUCCACUGAGCAGGAUGGCGUGCCUGCUGAGCAGCCACGCAAGGUGAUCUUCGCUUCUGGCGGUAUUACCAAUGGCCAGCAGGCACGUGCGGCCCUCGAUGCCGGUGCCUCUGUUGCGAUGAUGUACACUGGUAUCACAUAUGGCGGUAUCGGCACGGUGACCCGGGUGAAGCAGGAGAUGCGCGAGCUGCAGAAGAAAUGA